AUGGGGUCUUGUACUCAGAAACUGAAAAAGGCAAACCAAGAAAAUUAAUAAAAAAAGCAAAUGUAAAAAACUUUACAGGCUCAUCAUUCAAAAAAUCAAUCAAUUCAAACUCAAGAAUCUGUUCAAGAGAAAAAAAAGAAAGAAAAGUUUUUGUAAACUGAUUAAUCUCUUAACAUUCAUAAUUUCAUUCUUAUUCAAACUUGUAAAUUGUCUAAAGUUUAUUCAAUUAUUUCAAAUAGCAAUAAGGAUAAUUUAGUUUAAAUCUAAAGCAAGACAUCAAAUGAAAAUAUAUAGAUUAUAUAGAACAAUUUGACUGGAAGAAUAAGAAUAAUGGAGACACUUAGAUUAGAUGAUAAAUAAACCAAACAAUAUAUAGAUAAUAUUAUUGCAAAUCCUUUAGUAUUUUUAAUAUAAAGAAUAUUAGUCACAUCCUAACAUUGCUUAAACACAUGAGAUGUAUUAAGACGAUGAAACUAUUCAUAUAAUACAUGAUUAUUGUAGUGGAGGAAGAUUAAGUACCUUAUCUAUCAAACAAGGUCAGGGUAUAAAUGAGCAUAUAGCAUUGAAAGUUUUGGUUCAGAUGAUAGAAUCAUUGAAUUAUUUACAUAUGAAAGGAUUUAAUCAUGGUCAUUUAACAUACAAUAGUUUUUCAAGAAUUGAUGAAUCAGAAAACUAUUUUAUUAAACUCACUGAUACAAAACCAAUUUAUAUAAAACCUUAGAUUACGUUUGAACAACUAUAAUUUUUGGCUCCAGAAAUAAUUGAUAAUGAUUAAGAUUAUUCAAUAGCUAGAGAUGUUUGGUCUAUAGGAAUGAUAUUUUAUAAACUUUUAACAGGCAAUUUACCAUAUUCAUCUACUUAAUCAAACAAAUUAAAAUCAGAAAUACGAAAAGGUAUAAUAUAAUAUACUGAAUUAUAAUUUGAUAAAAUCUCAUCAAGAUCAAAAGAAUUAUUAAAUAAAUUACUUUAAUUUAAUCCAUCAAUAAGAUCUGAUCUUAAUUCAAUCAUUAAAUCACCUAUGUAUAGAAAAUUAGUUUCUUAAACAAAAUAAAUUAGUCAAUAAUCUGUAAAUGCUUUAACUAAUAUUAAACCAGCCAAUGUUAUAUAAUCAUUGUUUUUAUAAUUUUUGGUUAGUUAAUUUUGUUAAAACUAAUAAAAUGAAAUUUAUUAAAUGUUCAACAAAUAUGAUUAAAAUGGAGAUGCUAAAUUAAAUAAAGCUGAAAUUUGUGAACUUUUAUUUUAAUAAUUAAGAUCUAAAGAAUAAGCAUAAAAACAUGUAGAUUUAAUAUUUUAAGCAAUUGAUACAGAUCAUAAUGGUACAAUUGAUUGUGAUGAAUUCAUUAGAUGUAUUGUUGAUAGAUAAGCUUUGAUAACUACUCCUAAUCUAAAAUCUAUAUUUAAAUUAUUGUCUAAUGGUAAAGGAUCAAUUCAUAAGAAAAGAUUUAUACAAUGUUUCUAGGUUGAUAAAAAAUAAGCUGAUGAGAUGUUUGCUUCAAUUACCAAAUCAAAGAGAAUCACUUUUAAAGUAUUUUCCAAAACCAUGAUGGAACUUGUUUGA